AUGUCCACACCCCGGUUGCCUCUGGCUUGUGGCUGCCUUCUGAGCGUUUCAGACGGCGCCGGCUGGGAGUGGGAGGGAGGGCCUGGGCUAGCCGCGCUGGGACUGGGACGUGCUCCUGGCUCCUGGCCCAUGCUCAGCCCUGCUUGAAGCAGGAGUGCUAGCAUUUGACACAACAGACGCUGGAGGAUGAUGGCCCAGCUGCAGUUCCGAGAUGCCUUCUGGUGCAGGGACUUCACAGCCCACACAGGGUAUGAGGUGCUACUCCAGAGGCUGCUGGACGGCAGGAAGAUGUGCAAGGAUGUGGAGGAGCUGCUCAGACAGAGGGCCCAGGCGGAGGAGAGGUACGGGAAGGAGCUGGUGCAGAUUGCGCGCAAGGCUGGCGGCCAGACAGAGAUGAAUUCCCUGAGGACCUCCUUUGACUCCCUGAAGCAGCAAACAGAGAAUGUGGGCAGUGCACACAUCCAGCUGGCCCUGGCCCUGCGUGAGGAGCUGCGGAGCCUGGAGGAGUUCCGAGAGAGACAGAAAGAGCAGCGGAAGAAGUAUGAGGCUGUCAUGGACCGUGUCCAGAAGAGCAAGCUGUCACUCUACAAGAAGACCAUGGAGUCCAAGAAGGCCUAUGACCAGAAGUGCAGGGAUGCAGAUGACGCUGAGCAGGCCUUCGAGCGUGUGAGUGCCAGUGGCCACCAGAAGCAAGUAGAAAAGAGCCAGAACAAAGCCAAGCAGUGCAAGGAGUCAGCCACAGAGGCAGAACGAGUGUACAGACAAAAUAUCGAACAACUAGAGAGAGCGAGGACCGAAUGGGAACAGGAGCACCGGACCACCUGUGAGGCCUUCCAGUUGCAGGAGUUUGACAGGCUCACCAUCCUCCGCAAUGCCCUGUGGGUGCACUGUAACCAGCUCUCCAUGCAGUGCGUGAAGGAUGAUGAGCUCUAUGAGGAAGUGCGGCUGACUCUUGAGGGCUGUGAUGUGGAAGGUGACAUCAAUGGCUUUAUCCAGUCCAAGAGCACUGGCAGAGAGCCCCCAGCUCCGGUGCCUUAUCAGAACUACUAUGACAGAGAGGUGACCCCAAUGACCGGCAGCCCUACUGUCCAGCCCUCCUGCGGUGUAAUAAAGAGGUUCUCUGGGCUGCUACAUGGAAAUCCCAAGACCACACCUUCUAACGCUCCUGCUGCUUCCACAGAGACUCUGACACCCACCCCUGAGCGGAACGAGCUGGUGUACGCAUCCAUCGAAGUGCAGGCGACCCAGGGAAACCUUAAUUCAUCGGCCCAGGACUACCGGGCACUCUACGACUACACGGCACAGAAUUCUGAUGAGCUGGACAUUUCCGCGGGAGACAUUUUGGCGGUCAUCCUGGAAGGGGAGGAUGGCUGGUGGACUGUGGAACGGAACGGACAACGUGGCUUUGUUCCUGGGUCGUACUUGGAGAAGCUCUGAGGAAAGGCCAGCAGUCUCCACAUACCUCUGCCCUGUGAAGUCAGGGCUGUUUCCGUCACCGCCCAGGCCUCUCAGGGCCAGAACCAAGCCUGG